GGCCUGCCAGACAUCAGCUGGAAGGACGACAACGAGGGCCGCGCACGCAGGGCUGUCAGAGGAGGCCGCAGAGGCUCUGCGGGCAGAGCAGACAGCACCAGAGGCAGGGGCUCGAGCGACCAGAUGCCGGGGAAGAAGGACACCAAGAUAGUGGACCUGGGCGAGCUCGACGACGGCGAGAUGGACGUAGCCAAGAUGCAAAAGUUUUUCCCUGUGAUGAUGCGGCUGCUGCUGAACUUGGCCCAGCGGGGACGAGUACGUGCGUGGACACGCGCAGCAGAAGGCAGCAGGGCCAACAACAACAAGCAGCAGAGCGACGAGACAAUCAAGCCGAUUGGCACGAUCUCGGUGACGUGCUACGCAGACGUGUUCCAGGGGCUGCUAGCCGAGGGCAACGCGGUAGGGCGAGUGAGCCAGCAGAACCUCGAGACCCUGGCGAGCGAGCAGGCAAAGCUGACGGUCGCCGAGAUGGGCGAAGUGGUCCCGCUGGCGAAGACCACGAAUUGCUACAAGGAGGGAAAGGUGAAGCUGAUACUAGCGUUCAGCGGCAGGCUGAACAUGGCGCCCGUGCUGGACUCGCUGAUCCAGGCGGGAGCGGACUACAAGCAGGGAAUGGCCCCGAUGGGCCACCUCGAGAGACUGAUCCACACAGGACUCCAGGAGCUCGACGGGGCGAUGUUCGACUGA